AUGAAAAUUUUGUCAAUUAUUAUAAUUGUUUCUUUUAUAUCACUUUGUAGAAGCCAUAGGAGCUUUUCAAAAAAAAACAAUUAUUUACAAUUUUUAAGAUCACAAAACUUUAUACAAGAAAAACCAAAAUAUAAAAAACUAAACAAAAAUUAUUCAGAAGAUUUAAAUGAAUUUGAUGAUUAUGAAGAUGAACAAACAUAUAAUGAAAAUGAAGUAGGACAUAUGUCAAAUAAACAACUAAAUAAUAAUAAUUUAGAAAAUUAUAAUAAUAAUAAUGAAAACAAAUUAGAUUUCAAAGAUAUCGAAAAUGAAUUGAAUAAUGAUGAAUUAUUAAGACAGGAUAGUAAUAUUAAUUUAGUAAGAGGAGGAAAAGAGUGCACUAUUAAUGAAAAGGGCAUAAUUAAUGUAUCAAUAGAUUCUAAUGACAUUUUUAAUUUAAAUAAAUAUAAUGUAGAAAUAACUUCAUCAAAUAUUUUAAUUAAAGACAUAAAUGAUUUGAAAAUAAUAAAAUCUAUUCCUUUUAAAUCUAUUAAAUUACCAAUUGAAACUAUUGAAGAAACAAGAGAAUGUUGGAAUAUAAAAUUAAAUAAAGAAAAAAUUCUUUUUUGUGAACAAAAAAAAGAAGAUAGAGAUAUAUGGAUUACCAACAUAUUAAAAGCUCUAUUUUGUUAUAAUACAAAUAACUUAAUGAUUGAAAAAAGCAACACAAGCAAUAAUGAAAGUAUUCAUAUACCAAAAGAAUCAACAGUUGAAGAAAGAUUAAAAGCAUCAAAAGAAGGUCAAGAUAUUAGCAAUAAUAAUUCUCCUCAAUAUAUAAAAUCAUCUAAUUAUAAUAAUAUAAAUAUUUCAAAUUUAAGAAAUGAUGAACCUAAAAUUUUGUUUGACUAA